AAACCAUAGCCUAAAAAUCAUAAUAAUCGAGAAAUCAAAGUCCUUCCCGUGUUUGACCUCAAAAUCGAUAGUUACAUCAUCUUGUAAAAAGAAUUUUUUUUGAUAUAUAAAUAAAUGAGCAUUGAGGUUUCUCUGAUUUUCUGUUUCAUUUUCCGACUCGAGAUUUCGAUUUUCUCGAGAAAGUUGCAGGCUUUUCUCGAUCGGAAAUGAAACGAAAGAACGAUUGUUAGUGAAAAUUAGGUUAAUUUUUUUGACUGAGAAAAACAGAGAGAUGAGAGGUGCGAGCAACAACACUCUGGAUACUAUAAGCGCUGCUGCGACUGCGAUCGCAUCAGCUGAGAAUCGUGUGCCUCAAGCUCCAAUUCAGCAAGAGGACUGGCCCUUACUCAGAUUGAGAAAGAUGAGCUUGAGGAUUACUUUGUCAAGAAAAAGAAGAUCAGUUUUUGAGUUGAUCAUGAAAAGAAGAUGGGGAAGCUGCUGGAGCAUAUACUGGUGUUUUGGAUCUCACAAGCACAGGAAGCAGGUUGGACACGCUUCUCUUGUUCCUGAAACAACAGCCCCACGAACAGAGGUUCCUGCCGCUGAAAAUCCAACCCCAUCACCUUCUAUAGUACUUCCCUUCAUUGCACCUCCCUCCUCUCCUGCGUCUUUCCUUCAGUCUGAACCUCCUUCUUGUACACAAUCACCAGCUGGCUUACUAUCCCUCACCUCUAUAUCUGCCAGUAUGUACUCCCCCGGUCCCGCCUCCAUUUUUGCUGUUGGACCUUAUGCCCAUGAGACCCAGUUAGUCUCACCCCCAGUCUUCUCUACCUUCACCACCGAACCAUCCACUGCUCCUUUUACUCCCCCUCCUGAGUCUGUCCAGUUGACUACACCUUCCUCACCUGAAGUGCCAUUUGCUCGGCUUCUCGACCCCAAUCACCAAAAUGGUGAAUCUGGUCAGAGAUUCCCGUUUUCCCAAUAUGAAUUCCAUUCUUAUCAACUUUAUCCUGGAAGCCCUGUUGGCCACUUGAUCUCACCCAGUUCAGGUAUCUCUGGUUCAGGCACCUCAUCGCCUUUUCCUGAUCGUGAAUUCACUCCUGGUGGUCCCCAGUUCCUUCAGUUUCGAAUUGGCAAUCCUCCCAAGCUUUUGAACAUUGACAAGUUGUCUGCCCAUGAAUGGGGGUCCCGGCAAGGAUCUGGUUCAUUGACCCCCGAUGCUGUGAGACCUAGAUCUCGAGACAGUUUUCUUCUAAAUCGACAAAAUUCCGACAUUGCACCACUCACAAAUUCAUUCAAUGGAUACCGAAAUGACGAAGCUGCAAUUAAUCAUAGAGUAUCUUUUGAGAUUACAGCUGAAGAUGUUGUCAGAUGCAUUGCAAAGGAGUCAUCAUUGGCCAAGAUUGUAUCACCAUCUGUAGAGAACGCAGAAGUUCUUGCUGAAAAGGAUGAAAAAUCAACAGAGGCGGCCUCUAGUCUUGAUGGCCAUCUCAGUGAAAUAUCAGACGACACGACGAUGACAGAGAAAUCUUCUGCAGAUGGGGAGGAUGGGCAGCGGCCUCAGAAACACCGGUCCAUUACCCUCGGUUCUAUUAAGGAAUUCAAUUUUGACAACGCAGAUGGAGGACAAUCUGAUAGGCCCGCUAUUGGUUCUGACUGGUGGGCCACUGAGAAAGUACUUGGCAAGGAGGGUGGUAAGAACUGGUCCUUCUUUCCUAUGCUGCCAGGUGUCAGCUAACCAGCAUCACAAAAGGGUCUCGCGGCUUGGUUUUGAUUUUGCGAUCCCAACUGGUAAGCAUGUUUCUUGACAAUUGUUUAGUCGAAAAUUAUGUGGAAAUUGGGAUUGUAUACAUGAAGACUGUUUUAGAGCACUUCAUCACCUGGAAAAAGAUGGGGGGAAAAUGUUUUGUUAGGGUUAGUAUGCAUAGUGCACCUUCUUUUCCUUUCCUUUCUUUUCUUUUCUUUUCUUUUCUUUUCUUUAGGCAGAAGGAUAUAUAAACUAAUUGCAGUCUUAAAUUUUCGCCAUUGUCCUUUUGGGUCUGUAAAAUAGAUAAUAGAUUAGAAAAAACAGUGGUAACAACAAUGCCUCUGAUGAUGACAAUGAUGAUGAGCUUUUGGAGGCUCUUUUUUGCAAAUUGAAUAAUGCCAUUGUUAGAACUUAUCAAGUA